AUGCAGUUGAUAUCUUUCCUACUCCUUCUGCUCACCAGCUUUGGAGGAUUUAAUGGCAUCGAAUAUGAAACAAUGUGUACAUCUAAUGCCUGCUUCACUGUACAUAUGGAGAAGGUGAGCUUUUUCAAGGCCAAUCAGAGCUGCUUCGACGAUGGAGGUUACUUGAUGACAGUAAGAGACAAAGAAGAAGAAGCGAUACUGCACUCUCUCCUCUCGCUGAUCAGGAAGGACAAGAGUCAGCAAUUUUGGAUUGGAUUAAAGCUAUACAGAGGGGACUGCGUUUUAGCUGACAAACCCCUGAGAGGCUUCAAGUGGGUCUCUGGGGAGGAAGAUUCCCACUACUCCAACUGGAAUAAAGAGCCUGUGGACACAUGCACUGAGCGAUGUGUACGGGUUAGUUACAAUUCCCUUGAUGACGAUCAACCAAAAUGGAGUGCUGGAGCUUGUAAAGGACCUUCAUUUUCUGUGUGUAAGUUUUAUUUUAAAGGAAUGUGCAAUGCUCUGCAUCUGUCAGGCUCCGGACACAUAUCAUACACGGCUCCUUUCUCUGCUGAGCCACUACAAAGCAAGAUGAAAUCCUUGCCACUUGGAACAUAUGCUAAAGUCACAUGCAGUGACCGACAGUCACACUUUUCUAUGUGCGUCAAGAGUGAUGAGAAAUAUCAAUGGACUGUACCAGGUCCGUUUUGCCGAACUGAACAUCGGGAAUGCGCUCACAUCAAUGGCGGAUGCGAACAUAUCUGCCACCAAUACUCGGAUGAGGUAAAAUGCCUCUGUCACCAGGGUUACACUCUUGAGGACAAUGGACUUUCUUGUCAGGCUGAAGACCUGUGCGACAUGGACACCUGUGAGUAUGAGUGCAUCGUGGGAGAGUCUGGACAUAUCUGCAAGUGUCCCACAGGGUUUGAAUUGGAAGGAAACCAACGCAACUGUUCUGACAUUGAUGAGUGUCAACAGUCACACCUGUGCGGCAAACACACGUGUGUUAACACACCAGGCAGUUACAUGUGUCUGUGUCAAAACGGCUACGAAUUGGUGAACGGGAACUGUCGUGAUCUGGAUGAAUGCACACAUUCUAAAUGUUCACACGGCUGCAUAAACACUGUUGGGUCAUUCUCUUGCUACUGUAAAGAUGGCUUUACUUUAUCAGAUGACGGCUUCUCUUGCGUGGACAUUAACGAAUGUGAAACUGAGCGAUGUCACUUAAAAUGUGUCAAUACUGAAGGAAGUUUCAUCUGCAGAUGCCCAGGUGGCUUUCAUGUGCAUGCCUCUGGAAAGAAUUGCACUCCAGAUGUGACAUAUGAAACACUAAAUGACUUAGUGGGCCCGGAAAAUGAAGCAAACAUAUUUGAGAUUGUAUCCAUGACGACAAUGACGUCACAGAGAGUGACCACACAUACGGAUACGCCUCUUCCGCGCACGGCACCCACCUCUCCAAGUAAUGCAUCCUUGUUCGCGAGCACCAAGGUGGUCAACUCCAGAGUGCUCAUCUGUGUCCUCGGCUCAGUGAUUCCUUUACUUCUUUUAGUCACUGUGACAUUAACAAUUGCCGUUGUGCGAUGUCAUCGAUCGAAAAAGGAAGCAAAGAAAAGUGCAACAGACAGUUAUUGUUGGGUGUCCUCUGGAUUCGACCCACGCUUAGAAAAACUCUAUGAAUCCAUCUUGACUGAUGACCUAUGA